UGAUGACAUAGCGACAGAAAGGCGCCACUUGCGACAUCCCAAGCAAGACUCGGAUUUCCCACGGAAGAGUUACUGAGGAUACUACCUACAAGCUACCGUAGGUAUGCAUGAAACUAAUGGCUUCAUUCAUCUCAAAGGAUUGUUGUGCCUGUGUGUGCAUCUGCUUGUUCAAGCUCCAAAGUAAUUUUCUUGCACCCAGCCGAAUUCACACCAUCGAAAAACAUGAGUCCUCAAUUUCCAGCUUCUUUUCUGUGAUUAAUGCACCUCACUCCCUCGAGGAGACACCAGGAAUGUUCAGGUUGUCUGAAAGACAACUAACUUGAGCCAUGGGUCUUUUCUCGCCGCCAGAUUCACCUUUUGCCCCUCCAUCGUUCCUCUACCAGCUCAUCUUCCACCCACUAACCACCUGCUUCACCGUCUUUCACCACCUCCUCGUUUACUUGCGCGGACCUCCAUAUGUUCCUCCUAAAAACCGCGUUCCAAUACGAGUGGUAUGCAUUUCCGACACACACUCCAAGAUUCCUCCUUAUGCCCUCCCAAAGGGUGACCUCCUCAUUCACUCUGGCGACCUGACGAAUACGGGCACCCUCGCCUCCAUCCAGCAAUCUAUCGACUGGCUCAAGACACUGCAGAAACCCUGGUACGGAUCCUCAGACGGAUUCCGACACAUUGUCGUCGUAGCCGGCAAUCACGAUAGCUUCCUCGACGAACGCAGUCGCAGUGCUCAUGACAGACGCAAUUCCCGCCGCAAACUCGACUGGGGUAAGAUCAUCUAUCUCCAGCAUUCAGCUGUUACCCUCCCAUUUCCAGAUGAUCGACGGUUGAAAGUCUAUGGGGCUCCUCAAAUACCAAAGUGUGGUGGGAAAGAGUUUGCAUUCCAAUACAUCAGAGGUCAAGAUGCUUGGACAGAUACCGUCCCUGACGAUGUCGACAUACUAGUUACGCACAACCCUCCCAAAUGGCAUCUCGACCUCCCAGAAAGUGGCGGCAUGGGUGAUGAAUACGAGUUAAAAGAGGCCUGGCGUGUAAAGCCCACACUUCAAGCCUUUGGCCACGUCCAUUCGGGUUAUGGAAAAGAGGCAGUGUGGUGGGACGAGGGCCAGAAAUACUACGAAGAGUUCCUGGCAGCUGCAUAUAACAAACCUGCUGGUCAGCCCGCCAGCCAUCGGUUGCCGCUUGCUGAACUAUUCCACCUUCCACUCUUUAUGCGAGGGCUUCGAAUGCUCGCCGUUGAUAUGCAGGGUUUGCUCUGGACAAGGCUUUGGGGCGGAGCUCGCAAUGGAGGUUACAUGGUCAACGGCGCACUGACAUAUCAAACUUCUGAGAAGCUUUAUAACAAGCCCCAGGUUGUUGUAUUAUAGUACAAGAAGAAGCUAAGAUCAAGCGCCACACCUAACAAAGCUACAUGAAUUCAAUUUUUC